AGGAAUUCAAGGGCUCCACCAUCGUUGAACUGAUGAAGAAGGAAGGCACUACCCUCGGUCUGACAGUGUCAGGAGGAAUUGAUAAGGAUGGCAAGCCGAGAGUUUCUAAUCUGCGGCAAGGAGGAAUUGCUGCUAGAAGUGACCAGCUGGAUGUGGGCGACUACAUCAAAGCAGUGAAUGGGAUCAACCUGGCCAAAUUCCGCCAUGACGAGAUCAUCAGCUUACUGAAGAAUGUCGGGGAAAGAGUGGUUCUCGAAGUAGAGUAUGAGCUGCCACCAGUCUCUGUACAGGGAUCAAGUGUUAUUUUUCGAACAGUGGAGGUCACGCUACAUAAAGAAGGCAAUACCUUUGGUUUUGUAAUACGAGGGGGUGCACAUGAUGAUAGGAAUAAAUCUCGUCCAGUUGUGAUAACGUGUGUUCGUCCUGGAGGGCCUGCUGACAGAGAGGGCACAAUCAAACCUGGCGAUAGGUUACUCAGUGUGGAUGGAAUUCGGCUUCUUGGAACCACACAUGCUGAAGCCAUGAGUAUUCUUAAACAAUGCGGACAAGAAGCAACGCUGCUGAUAGAAUAUGAUGUCUCAGUCAUGG